GCGGAGCUCCGCGCCCGCAGCCUCCGCCUCCCGGAUGGACACUCUGCCCCGCGGCGGGCUGAACCUGAAGGAGGAGCCGCUGUUGCCCGCCGGCUUAGGCUCGGUGCGCUCCUGGAUGCAGGGCGCGGGCAUCCUGGACGCCAGCACCGCGGCGCAGAGCGGCGUGGGCCUGGCGCGCGCACAUUUUGAGAAGCAGCCACCCUCCAACCUCAGGAAAUCCAACUUCUUCCACUUCGUGCUGGCCAUGUAUGACCGGCAGGGGCAGCCUGUGGAGGUGGAGCGCACGGCCUUCAUCGAUUUCGUGGAAAAGGACCGAGAACCUGGGGCUGAAAAGACCAACAAUGGGAUCCACUAUCGCCUCCGGCUGGUGUAUAACAAUGGUCUUCGGACGGAGCAGGAUCUCUAUGUGCGCCUCAUUGACUCCAUGUCCAAGCAGGCAAUCAUCUAUGAGGGGCAAGACAAGAACCCCGAAAUGUGCCGCGUGCUGCUCACCCAUGAGAUCAUGUGCAGCCGGUGCUGUGACCGGAAGAGCUGUGGCAACCGGAAUGAGACGCCUUCUGACCCGGUCAUUAUUGACAGGUUCUUCCUCAAGUUCUUCCUCAAGUGCAACCAGAACUGCCUAAAGAAUGCAGGGAAUCCCCGAGACAUGCGCCGCUUCCAGGUGGUGGUAUCCACGACAGUGAGUGUGGACGGACACGUGCUGGCCGUGUCCGACAACAUGUUUGUGCACAACAACUCCAAGCAUGGUCGCAGGGCGCGCCGGCUGGACCCCUCUGAAGGUCAGGACCCCCGGCCCUUGGGCCCAGCCAGCCCCCUGUCCCAUCCUUGGUGCAGGCCCCUGACCUGUCUCUUCUCCUGCCUGGCAGCUGCCACCCCCUGUAUCAAGGCCAUCAGCCCCGGGGAGGGCUGGACCACAGGAGGCGCCACCGUCAUUGUCAUCGGUGACAAUUUCUUCGACGGAUUGCAGGUCGUGUUCGGGAACGUGCUCGUGUGGAGCGAGCUCAUCACGCCCCACGCCAUACGGGUUCAGACGCCCCCGCGGCACAUUCCCGGGGUGGUGGAGGUGACCCUGUCCUACAAGUCCAAGCAAUUUUGCAAGGGAGCCCCCGGCCGUUUUGUCUACACAGCCCUGAAUGAGCCCACCAUUGACUAUGGAUUCCAGAGGCUACAGAAAGCCAUCCCCAGACACCCUGGAGAUCCCGAGAGGCUGCCCAAGGAAGUGCUGUUGAAGCGGGCGGCCGACUUGGCGGAGGCCCUGUACGGAGUGCCCAGCAGCAACCAGGAGCUCCUCCUGAAGCGCGCGGCCGACGUGGCCGAGGCUCUGUACAGCGCCCCACGCGCGCCUGCGCCGCUCGGACCCCUGGCCCCGAGCCACCCGCACCCCGCCGUCGUGGGCAUCAACGCCUUUAGCAGCCCGCUGGCCAUCGCCGUCGGGGACGCCACGCCGGGCCCGGAGCCGGGCUACGCGCGCAGCUGUGGCAGCGCGUCCCCGCGCGGGUUCGCGCCCAGCCCCGGCUCGCAGCAGAGCAGCUACGGCAGCGGCCUCGGCGCGGGCCUCGGCGGCUACGGGACACCGGGCGUGGCCGGCCUAGGCGUGCCCGGGUCCCCUAGCUUCCUCAAUGGCUCCACGGCCACCUCGCCCUUCGCCAUCAUGCCCUCUAGCCCCCCGCUGGCCGCUGCCUCCUCCAUGUCCCUCUCGGCCGCUGCCCCCACCACCAGCGUCUUCUCCUUCUCGCCUGUCAACAUGAUCUCCGCUGUCAAACAGAGGAGCGCCUUCGCCCCCGUGCUGCGCCCACCCAGCUCCCCACCCCAGGCCUGCCCGAGAGCCCACGGAGAGGGACUUCCAGACCAGCCUUUUGAGGAUUCCGACAAGUUCCACUCUUCAGCCCGGGGGCUUCAGGGCCUGGCAUACUCCUAAUCAUGGUCUGCCAGUGUUGCCCCCACUGAACCCGGACUGGAGGUCCCUCUGGGAUACACACUCACGUCCUGGAUGGCAGCACAGACAGACGCUGAGCCAGGGCUUCGGGCGGACAUCCACCCAGAGGCCUGAACAGGCCACCCUGUGCUUGAGGCCUCCAGUCCCACAGGCUUCUCUCACCUCCCUUCCUCGGGGCUGGUCAGAAGCCUUAGCACUGUGCUGAUGCUCUCAGCAGGAGAGCAUCCCAGGGGGGUCCCGGGAUGCUGGGUUUUCCUCACGGGUCAGUUCCUCUGGAAGAGAUGGACCUUGUGCAGUCCGGACCAUCAGGCGACAGGAGCAGGGGAUGGGGACCAUGGAGAAGAGGACAGCUCAGGGAGAAGUGGCCUGGGGAGGUCCUGUUUGUGUCUGACCCAUCUCAGCUGGCCCAGCAUCCCGACCUUGCUCCAGGGCAAGAGGUGGUGCCCAGCAGCCUCCCAAGGCCUGCCCAGGCUCCCAUGGAGCUUCCAAUGGCUGCUCGAUCCCUGUGGCUGCCCCCUCCAAGGCCCGCACACUCAUGCUUGCCACAUAUGAAUCCCACCAGCGGCUUUGGGCGUGGAGUGUGCAGAAGAGGGAGUGCCAAGCCCCCUAACUGGUGGGUCUUCCUCCCAACGGCUAUCUCAUGGACUCUGGCCCCACUCACACAUGACUCUGGCUGGCCCCAUAGUACCAUGGAAUUGGCCUAGCUGCCACUGGCCUCACAUUCUGCUCUGCUGAGGUUGGAGAAAACAGAACAAUAAAUACAGCUGCAGGUGGCCACUUGGC